AAAUUAGAUAUUAAUUUUAAUAAAUGUCUUCAGAUAAAUUUAAAAGACUAAAUGAAGAAGAUGAAAAUGAAAAUGAUAUUGAAUUAAAUAAUUUAAAUAGUAAUAAUAAUAAUAGCAGUAAUAAUAAUAAUAAUAACGAUGAUAGUAAUAAUAAUAAUAAUAAUGACAGUAAUAAAUCAACAUUUUCAUUUAAUCCGAUAAAUCAAAUUCAAAAUGUUUUUAGCAAUAUAGAUUUAAAUCCAUUGAAUGUGGAUUUUCAAGUACACAGAGAUAGAUUUGUAAAUUUUUUUCAACAUGGUUCAGAUGAUAUAAAUAAUAGAAUGCAAACAGUCGUGUCAAAGAUUCGUUCGAAUGAAUAUAGAAAGAAGAUGCAUACAGUUUUAACAAAGAUUAAAGAUACAAAGGAAUAUCAAUCAACCUCAAAUACCGAUUACGAUGUAAUUUUCGAAUCGGUCGAUAUGUAUUCCAAUCUUCAAGCCGAUCCAACAUUAGACAAGGAUGAAAUCGAUGUCGUUACAGAUAUUACAUCAUAUAAAAAGAAAUUUACACAUUGGCUUGCAAAAGAACGUAUUUCAACAUUACUAUUCAUUCCAAUCUUGGGUAUAUUGGUCGCUAUUAUGGGUUUAUUUUGUGACUUCCUUUUAAUGGAGCUAAGUGCUCUUCGUACAUUCAUCACCUCUCAACAUCAAAAUGGCCAGAAUGUUCGUUAUGAUUUUAUCGAGGGUUUAAUAUUUGUAGGUUAUAGUGUAGCUUUUGCUUUCUUUAGUGUAUGCUGCAUUAGUUUCAUCUCCCCCUAUGCCGUCGGUUCGGGUAUCCCUGAGAUGAAGUCUAUUAUGUCUGGUAUUAAUCUCAGUCGUGUAUUGGGUUUGAAAACAUUGGUUUCUAAAAUUGGUGGUAUGGUUUGUGCUACUGCCGCUGGUUUAACUAUUGGUCGUACUGGUCCAUUCAUGCACGCAUCUGCUAUUAUUGCCCAAGAAAUGAUGAAUCUUAGAUUCUUUGCAAACAUUAAAAAGAACCAAAUCGUAAGAUAUCAAAUGUUAAUUUGUGCUCUAACUAGUGGUGUUGUUGCAAAUUUUGGUGCUCCUAUUGGUGGUUUAUUAUUCGCUAUCGAGGUAACUGCUACCACUGCUGUAAUGGGUAAUUUAUGGAAAGGUUUCUUUUGUGGUACCACAACUGCUGUUAUCUUUUAUUUCACUAGAUUCCUCUUCAAGGGUGAAAGUUUUCAAUCGGUCUACUCUUUUAACUUUAUCUCAAAGACAUAUGGUAUUUUAGAUCUUAUUACAUUUGUUAUCAUUGGUGUAAUCACUGGUCUUAUUGGUGCUUUCUUUGUAUUUGUCUAUGAGAAAUUAGUACGUUUCCGUCUCCGUUACCCAAUUUUAAAACAAAGUCGUAUUGGUUUAGUUGUGGUAAUUGCAUUACUUAGUGCUACCAUCACAUAUUUAGCUGGUCCAUUCUGUCGUAUCCCAUUAUCAAAAGCCAUGAAAGAGUUAUUAAAGGAGGGUGAUCCUGCUGAUGGAACCUUUACCGCAGCCGAUUCACCAAACUACAAAUACUAUAAUCUUUUGGUAUUUAUCUGUUGCAAACUUUUAUUAACUGCAUUCAACAUUAUUCUCCCAAUCCCAGGUGGUGCUAUUACCCCAUUCAUUGUAACUGGUGCUGGUUUAGGUCGUCUAUUUGGUGAGGUAUUAAAAGACUUCUUUGACUCUGAAGCAAUUUCACCACAAGGUUAUGCCGCCAUCGCCUCGGCUGGUUUGGUAUCUGGUACAAUUCGUAAUAUCUCACCAUCUAUUUUCGUAUUGGAAUUAACUGGUCAAAUUUCAUUAUUGGUACCAAUUUUAAUUUGCUCAAUUACAUCAACCGCUACAGGUAAUAUGUUAAAUAGACCUCUUUUCGAUACCGCUUUAAAGAUUCAAGGUUUACCAUUUUUAUCAAAUUACAGAAGUUCAAAGGUUUAUAUCAUGACUGCAAAACAAGUUAUGAGAAAGAAUAUAAACUUCCUUUCAAUGAGAAGUACUGUCAGAGAAAUAAGAGCAUUUCUUGAAAACUUUAGAUACACUUUUAUACCAGUUGUAGAUUCAAAAGAAAACAUGCUAUUGGUUGGUAUAGUAGAAAGAAGCUCAAUUAUGUAUAUGGUUGAUAAUCAUAUUGAAAUUAUGGAAAGUAAAUUAACCGAGUUUAGGGAAAAAUUAAAAUCUAAUAUAAAACAAACAAAUAAUAAUACAAGUAUUAGUGUAUUAAUGGAUUUAGCACCAUCUCAAGUCCCAGAUUUAACUCCUCUCAACAAAGUAUUCCAUUUGUUCACAAUGUUAGGUUUAGGUUUUACUUUUGUCACUUCAAUGGGCAGAUUAGUUGGUGUAAUUACUAAAACUGAUUUAAUGAACCAAGAUUUAUAA